CUUGAAUCUCCUCGAUCAGUCCACUCCAGUACCUUGAGUAAAGGAAACUCAACUACUAUUCAACAAGCCAUUCCUAAUGCGGAUAACACCGUCCGUCAGGUGCCACGCGCCAAUGAUUCCAUAAAGCAGGAGCCUUUUCAUGGUCUUUCUCGUGCUCCCAAUAGUCUCCAACUCGGAAUUUCAGAUCAAGAAGAGUCAGCACUUUCUAGUGGAUUUACACAGACUGAGGAUGAUGAAGAGAAUAGUCACAUCGUUACUGUUAACUGUGACCAUACAAUGAAAUCCCGCUUAGAACAACAGCAACAGUGCCAGCACUUGCUUCAGGGAGAAGAUACUAGGUCUGUUGUCAAUAGUCACUUGGAUGAAGACGAAAUAGGGGUCAGUGGACUAGUCCACGGUGCUGGUGAUGACAAUGAUUUGGACGAGUAUGGUGCUGAACUUGAUGAUUUCGAUGACCUAGAGGAUGAGAUGGAGGAGGAGAUUGAGGCGGAUGAGGAAGCUGAAGCAGAAGCGGUGGGGGUCGAGGGAGAGGAUGAUGAGGAGGAUGGCGAUGACGCUGAAGAUCUGGAGGAUGAGGAUGAAGAGGACGUUGAAACUGGGCUGUGUGAAGAUGAGACAACUAUGGACAGCACAGGUCUUGUUCGUAGUCAAAGCAGUGAAUUAGUAGACAGCCGUGGCAUGAUGAUGAUUAUGAUGGGCGAUUUGCCUGCCAAUAGCGCAUCUGCAGUCGAGGCUUCGCAUAACAAUAUCCGUGUCACACCUGUCUCUCUUGCUGAGCAUCGCAUGUUAAGCUCAGCACAUUCUUCUCAGGCUCCAAAUGCAAACCCUUCAUUAUCUACUACUAAUGCUUCUCUCAUAACUACCAUUGCAUCUACUAUUUUGGCCACCCAAAAGUCUUUAGUCUCAACUAGUGGCCGCAGACAUCAACGGCUUCAUACUGGAUAUCCAAGUGGAUUACAUAUGCAGCAAUUGCAGCAACAGCAACAGCAAGCUCGUUUAUCAGCCUCGGCAGGCUCAGCGCUUACUAACUCACGAGCGAAUAAAUAUGCGUCGGCCAAAGGUAUCAAAUAUAUCGAAAAUCAUUAUUUUAUUGAGAGUUUAUUGUUUUAA